AGACUGUUGGGAUAGAGGCAUAAUCAAUACAACAGUACACUUUUCAAAAAGCAUCUUCCAUCUAUCUGUCUUUGUGUUAGUGUGAUGCUGAGGAACAAACAAGAAUGAAGGUUAAGGGGUGGGGCUUAACAACACUUGGCAACUAUCGCUCUCGUGGAGAACAUCCAAGCGCUCACAUUCCUCCCUUUCUUCUCAGGGACUUCUGGGGUGGCCCGAAAACUGUCGUCAGUGUAGCGACUGUGGUGGUGGUGGGGUUGGGGGGGGAGAUGAUGCAAGGAAGUGGAGGAGGGAGGCAGAAAAACAUACCACCCUCCUCCUUUUUUUCAGACGCUCGAGAGGUGCGACGGGAGACGCGUGGGGACACAUGGAGUUGCCACGAUUGGAAGCUGUCACGAUAUGACAACCCUCUCCUCUCCGACCGCAUCGAAAUGGAGAUUGUCUACUUUUUGCUGCUUUUGGCCAAUUUGGGAGAGCGCCGCUUGGUUUCCGGAGGCUGCCUUGGUCAAUGCUGCAGCGGCCGAGAUAUGAGCUGCGCCUCCACCGACUGGAGGAUGGACCGCGUCUACGGGACGUGCUACUGCGACCGCGGCUGCGCCACAACGCUGGACUGCUGUUUUGACUACUUCUCCCACUGCCCAGCUCAGGCGUGUAGCGUGACGGCUUGGAGCUUCUGGAGCGGCUGCGCAGAGCCAUGCCAACCCUCGUGGCGUAGACGGGUCAGACACAUCGCCGAGCGGCCCGCUAAUGGCGAUGAGCCAUGUCCGACGCUGGAGGAACGGGCCGGCUGCAUGGACUACAGAGACCGCCGGGGAACCCUGUGCCGACUGGACGCAGGUGAAGCCAAAUUAUGUCUGAAUGACUCCGAAAGCACUGCAAUGAUCGAGGUCUUUGUUAUCAGGGCCUGCAUUUAUUACCAGUCUGGAGUUUGGCAAGGCGAGGCCCAAGAUGGACAACUUUGGGACCCCUUUGGAUGCAGGAUUCUGCGUAGAAUUCUCCCUGGAAUCCCGCUCCCCUCACUGUGCAGUAGAGAAUCGGCCGCACACGCAGUGGAUGCGCUACUUCACCGAAGGUUUCACGGUUUGCGUGGCGUGCCAGCCGCCCGCUAUGCGCAACCACACUGGUGGUUGCCAAGGAGACGGCCAGGAAAUGAACAGGGAUGCUGUACUGCAGUGGCAGGCGGUGGGCAACCCCCGCUGCAGUGGCACUUGGAGGAGGAUCCGCAAAACGCAACAGUGCAACUGUCCACCGCAGCACAGCUUCGUCUUCAUCUGAACGACUCUUUCAAGAACAACAUGGCGAUAACAAAAUGGCCCCCUCGGACUCAACAUAUCUGCCAAAAGGCACACAGUCUGUAAAAUAGUAAUAAUCAUUUUUUUUGAAAUGACAUGACAUCUGUUGUUUGUUU